AUGAGCCCAUCCCCAACGGAGAGUGACGAGGGACAUGGUCGGACAAUGGCCGAAAACGAUGAUAGCUCCUCCUCGGAUACUUCGCAGUCGAUUAUCGAAGAGGAUUCGACUGGCGCCGCCAACCACGAUGCUGUCCUUCAUCUUGCUGAAGAGCAAGAGACGCAGCUCAACCACGCGUUAGAGCCACCAAAUCCCGUGGAAACUGGGAUCGCGGCCAAUCGAUACCGACAGAUACUACGUGGUCAAGUAGAUGAUGUAUCGGAGGAUGGGUCCGUGGACGCCCUGCCACGGCGGGUAGGCAGUCCUAUAGAUUCCCUUCUCUCAGUGCCGGAUGACACCCCAUCCAUUGCGGGCUCAGGGGUGUCUUCCCCCGGAAGCAGUGUUCUUCCUUCUGUUGCUUCACGGCCUGGCCUUAGUAGCCCGACACCUUCGUUUAGGCCCUUUGACCGACGAUUCCAAUCGCGAUUAUCCUCUAGCUUCACCGGGAGCCCGCGACCUUCCUCACCGGCGUUCCUGUCAACACACAGCCGCAACGUCUCCCUGAGCUCUCAGAUCAUAUUUAGCAAAGACGACACCGAGGUCCAGACACCACCUUGGGAGGUCGUCCGGUGGACAAAGUUGAAGAAGAUGAACAGUCAGGCGUUUUCGGAAGCCGGGAAGCGAAACUUUGGCGUACCAACCUGCAUCGCCGUGUCGGCCUCGAUUGUACUCGGCACGAGCAAAGGGAUAAUAUUAAUGUUUGACUACAACCAGAACCUCAAGACCAUUCUGGGGCCUGGGACAAAGGCCGUCGAAUCUGGUGCCAUCACCUCCAUUGCAAUUUCGGCGGACCACUCGACGAUUGCAGGAGGCCAUGCCAAUGGCAGCAUCUUCACAUGGGACACCAGCAGGGCGUCGAGGCCUUUUCUACAGAUUCCCCAUCUCGAGCCGUCCCAGAUGCAAAAUCGGACAGAAGACGGCCAUGUUCCCAACGUGGCCGUCACGCACCUCGGGUUUCUAGGCACCAGGCACACCGCUCUGGUUUCUGCGGAUGACAAGGGCAUGGCCUUUUCGCAUCUUGCGACAAGGGGUACAGGUGCUCUGGGAAGGACCGUAAAGACAACCAGGAUUCUGGGUCGAUAUCCGGACGCGCCUGCGCCAGUUGGAAAGGCGAUGAGGCCCAGCACCGUUUUAGCGUUUGCCUCCUGUCCACUGGGGAACACGGAGAGAGCUACGGAUAGCGUGGGCCUGACGGCCAUGCUGACGCCUUACUUGCUCGUCAUUGUCUCUACAACACCUCUCGCGCAGACACAACACAAAUCGGCUCGACCAAAAGAUGUUGCUCAACACAGUGCCAUGACCGGCUGCCUUGCAUGGUUUCCAGCUGUCAAGCUUAAGGUUCCAGAUCAUACAACAGGAAGCGACAUCUCGAAAGUCAAGCUCGUGUACUGCUGGUCCAAUGUCCUGACCAUUCUCGACGUCGAUGAGAUUCCCUCGGACAACAAGGACAAACCACCAACUCUCAUGUUCAAGUCGCGGAACCGGUGGAAGUGCGAAGAGGCAAUUGUUGCUGUUCAGUGGCUCAGUCGCUCCGUUCUCACCGUCCUCACCAUCACUCAACAACUCAUCGUACUGGAGGAUCGAAGCAUGCGUAUGACUGACGGCUUCGAUCUCAUUCAUAAGUACAUCUACCACGUCGACCUUUUCUCCAAGCAGCUUCACUCCCUGGUAGAGCAGCAUGACGAAGGAGACACCUCGAUGCAUGGCGUGGUCGCAGAUGCGUUUUACAUGAGCUUCAAAGCAUACAAAGGACGUCUCUUCCUGCUUGGGUUCAAUGACGUUUCCAUCGGGUCUUUAUCGAAUUGGGCGGACCGACUGAUUGCUCUCAUGGAGAACGGCGACUACAUUGCUGCCAUACGCCUUGCAACCUCGUAUUACACGGGCGACGCUGAGAAGCUGACAGUCGGCCUCCCAGAAGACACAGCUCUUCGACAUUCGAUGGUGCAUGACAAGUUGAUGGAGAUCAUGAGCGCAUCGCUGAAGUACGCCUUUAGCCAGCGACAGAAAGAUCCUAUGGUGGUAGAUGAAACUCACCUGCAGGAGUUGGCCGAAAUUUGCUUCGUGGCUUGCCAAAGCGUAGGUGAUCUUGACUUUCUCUUUGACGAGAUGUACGAGUGGUACGAAGACGCCGGUGUAGAAGGUAUUUUUCUCGAAACACUUGAGCCACAUAUCCUCGAAAGGACUAUCACUAUUGCCCCCCCCGGCGUCAUCAAGUCGAUGGUGACCUAUUUCGUAACCAAAGGAUGGGAAAGUCGUCUCGAGGAGAUGAUCGUCCACAUGGAAACUACCACACUGGAUCUCGACCAAGUCACUCUUCUCUGCAAACAGCACAGGCUCUACGACGCUCUAAUCUACGUGUGGAAUCAAGCUCUCGGCGACCAUAUCACACCUCUCGUCGACCUUCUGAGUCUGUUGGUGCCCCUCAUGGGCAAUGGCGAAUAUCCAUCCUCUGAUGACUUGGACGACCAAUACAGCGCCGACGCUGUAAAGAUGUUCCCCUACCUCUCAUACACCCUAACCGGGAGGGUAUAUCCGACGGGGGAGUACUUGGACGAUACAGCAGGACCAAAGGCGAAAGCUGAGCUCUACUGGUUCCUGUUUUCGGGCAACAGCGUUAUAUGGCCUAGAGGGAGCAAACGCCGAUUUCUUACAAGACCGUCCCAAGCCAGUGAGCCCUCUUUCCCCUACCUUCGACUCAUCCUCAAAUUCGAUGCGCCGAGUUUCUUGAGUGCCCUCAACGAAGCGUUUGAGGACUCAUAUUUGAACAACUCACCGGAGAAACACACCGGAACCGUUGACGGGGAUAUGCCUGAAGAGCAGAUCUUUGGGAUGACUGUGGAUCGGCAAUACAUCGUGUCCAUCCUUCUCGAGAUUAUGAACCCUGGCGACUUUGCCCCCGAAGACACCAUCUACCUUGACAUGUUCAUCGCCCGGAACUUGCCCAAGUUUCCCCAAUACCUGCUUUUCCCUGGAUCCACCCUGAGGAGAAUCCUCACAGGUCUCUGCAACUACCCUGGAGAGGAUCUCGCCGAAGAUGCUCAGCUCAGCGCCGAGUACCUAUUGUCAGUCUAUCACCCUCCAGACACCAAUAAUCUGUUGCCGAUCUUCAAGAAAGCCGGUUUCUAUCGUAUCUUGAAACAACAGUACAAGGCGGAUAGGGAAUAUGGCAUGCUGGUUCAGACUCAUUUUGAAGACCAUGAUGAACGACAUGCAGUCUUUGACUGCAUCAGCGAGUGUUUCCGGCCGCAUAGCGGCCUGAGCACUAAACAGUUGCAAGACGUCGAAGAUGUGAUCCGUGAGCAUGCUCGAGACCUCAUCGAGCUUGACCCCCGAGACUCUGCAAGGUCACUCGCCAGCCAGUCUUCUGAUCUUCACCAACACAUCUUGAACUCUGUACAAAAUGUGCCGGACUUGCAAUUUGAGUAUCUCCAGACGCUAUUCGAGCCAGGCGGUCACGACAGGCAGGAAGUACUAGUGGCUAAUCCAGAGCGCGAUCUCCUCGAGCGAUACGUCCAACUCAUGUGUCAGUUCGACCCUGAUCAUGUAUCCGACUACAUCAGUGUUAUUCAAUCUGCAAACCUGAGACUGAGCAUCCUGCUACCAACCAUGGAGGACACGGGCGUAAUAGAUGCUGCUGUGACGCUCAUGGCUCGCGAAGGCCAGGUCAAGGACGCUAUGGACAGACUCGUCAAACAUCUUGGGACGCUCGAAUCCGCUCUACAAGGUAUCUUGACGGGCGUGGAGGACAGCGAACACCGUCUCGGUCUACAAGAUUCUGCAGAAGAAGCUCUCGGGGCCCUCCAGAAGUAUGUUCAUGUUGGUAUUUGGCUAUGUCAGGGACAAACAAAGUCAACUGCGAAGACCACAUCCGUCUCCCAGCGGGGGCAGCGGCAAGCUGCCAACGAGACGCUUUCAUCUUCCGAGUCGCUCUGGCUCAGCCUCAUAGACGCGGCUGUCCAUACUACUCGACAGCUGUCGGCGACCAUCGAUGCAGUCGGAAAAGCGCAAGAUGAUGGGGACCGCGAUCUUGAAAGCUGGGAGCGUCUCGAUACAGACAAACUGCUGGGGCUUCUGCGGUCUCUGGUCCAACACACAUUCACCGCUCUCCUGACGACGACGUCCAGCGCUUCCAAUGCCCAGGCCAACGGACGGGUCCUCACCACCGCCGGCAACAACAUGUCAUUCUUACGGAUAUUGCGAGAGUUUCUUGCUCACGCCGCGGCCUCGUCACCAAAUCUAGCGGAUCUGAGGGCGGUUCUGGCCUCGAUUUUCUCAGCUUAUGCAUACGAGGAGUCGAUUCUUCGAUUAUCGAACCGACUUCUCGAGCGAAGCCUGUUCGUCAAUGUCAAGCAGUCGGUACAGUUGAGACAGCGAGGCUGGCGACCGAAGGGCUCCACAUGCGAGGCGUGCGGCCGGCGCGUCUGGGGACCAGGUGUAUCAGGUAACGUAUUUGAAGCUUGGGAGGAUAAGCAGGCUGCUGAAGAGCAGAAACAGGCCGAGAGAAAGGCUCUGCUCGCAAGCAUCACGGACAGGACUAAAGGCAAAGGCGCGGCAGAGCAUUCUGGACUGCCUCCACAUGAAGCGCGGGGUAAGGGCAAGAUCGGUCCAGGCAAUGGCGCAGAGCUGGCCCAGGAUGCCGCAGGCAACAAAUCAGAGGAUGGUUCUCAUGACGGCGACGACGCUGCGGACCUCGCUGUAAACAGCAUGCGCGAACAGCCUCUGGGGCCAUUGGUUGUUUUGGCGUGUAGGCACAUUUAUCACCAAGCAUGCCUGGAUGCUUUGCAGUCUCAAGAGGAAGAGAGCGGCAAGAAGGAUAGGACGAGCCUUGAGGCGAGCCAUUCUAGAGAGUACAGAUGCCCGGUUGAUGGGUAG